AUGGACGAUGAGGCGAGUCGGCCCCGGAGCCGCCUCGACGACUCCUCACGCCCAACAACCGCCCGCCGUGUCAAUCACGACAGCGACAACGACGACAGUUUGCGCAUCGACGUUCAUGAGCCCGAGCCCAAGCAACACCAUUCAGACUACCGGGAGAACAACAGCACCACACCGACCCCGGACGAAUCGCAGCUCACUCCCACAAAGUCCAUCUCCCAUCAUGAGUCUGCCCCCGACCGCCAAUCCUCAUCCAACUUUGUAGACGACCGCAAACCCCCAAACGACUCCAUGUUGCCUCCCCCUCGGCCACAGACCAACGCCGUCCUCGACAGCAGCUUCGUCGAGGGUCCUGCCUACGACGACUCCCGCCAUGGCGACUCUAUCGCUGAAUCCGCCGUCCGAGCCCACUUGCAGGACGUCGAGUCCAGCUUCGUCUCCCGCCUCUCUCCGAUACCCACGAUAACCCACGAGGGCGCCGACGACACAUACCUGUUCGACGGCGCUGCCUCGACCAAGUCUGCCGCUCGCAACCAGCCCCCCGCAAGUCCUAGUCCCAGCCCCAGAUCCGGCGCCCAACCCGCCGACAAUUCAGGCCUCGGGGACUUCACCGAGCUAAAGCCACAGGAUUCUGCCUCCGUCGACAUCUCCAACACCACCUCCUCUCUCGAGCAAAUGUCGUCAUCUCCAGCCGCAGCAGCCGCAGCACGAACCAUUUCGCGGGCCCUGUCCAGCGCAAGCAACCGAACAGACAAGCAACCACAGGAGCCAUCCGCCGCCGAAGACAUGGACGAAGAGCGCUCGCAUGCCCACGCCGAAUCAGAGGCCGAAUCCACUUCCACGACGUUACGGAGCAAGCGAUCUGACGGUAGUCUACGCGGUGGCUCCGUAGACGCCGGCAGCACGCCAGGGCACGCUCUGCGCUACGGCACACGGCCUAAGUACCUACGAAGCCGCGGAGCCAGCCAGAGGUCUUCCGUUUCUUCCUUCGUCACCAAUCCCGACUCCCACGACGAUCUCGAAAGCGAUCCGCCUACGGCCAAUCUCGGUGUCGACUUCGCCCUCCAGUCCGGCGGCGCUGCCACAACAACGAGCCUGCCCCGCAGCCUCAGCAGCAUCCUUUCACGAUCAGUCAGCAUCGGCAGCAUGGUUUCAGGCAUGGACGACCCUGAGUCUCUGCCAAGCCAGCUGGAGACGCUCGACGAGGUCGAGACCGGAUUCACCCCUCGUCGACCGAACAGGAACGAAGACCUCCUCGCCACCCCGAAACCAUCCAAGGAAAAUCUGACUGCCCCAACCGACACAGUAAUCGCCCGCCAUGUUAGGAAUGUGCAAGUGCCCGAGUCGCUGGCAAAGGAGUACAGAUCUAAGAGUGGCUUCGUCACGCCUCGCAAGCCCUCGGAAGCACCGCUCGGCGCCUCCACGCGGUCGGGUAAGAACCUGACGCUGAAAGAGCAGAGCAGCACCAUCGAACGGCUGUCCAAGGAGAACUUUGACCUGAAGCUCAAAGUCAUGUUCUUGAGUGACCGGCUUGACAAGCUCUCCGAAGAGGGUGUUAAAGAGAUGAUCUCGGAGAAUGUGGAGCUCAAGACAAGCCUGGCCGUCAUCCAGCGCGACAACAAGGCGCUGCGGAAGAAGGUCAAGGAGCUGGAAAAGCAGCUCAAGGACGACCACGAGCGACCCGGAACGGCGAGGAGUGGCGGAUCAUCUAACGACUCGUCCGACCAAGAUGCCCAAGAGCGUGAAGAGGAGCUUCUGUACCUGAGAGAGCGCAUGGAAGCCUACGAGACCGAGUUCGAGAGGCUCAGGAAAGAGAGCAUGUCCAAGGAGGCUGAGAAGCGCAAACUCGCAGAGGUGGUCAAAUCGCUGGGUGAGAGGUCAGGCGGCAAUCUCGGCAGCCAGGAGGAGGCGGACGUGUGGAAGGAUCUGCUCGAACAGGAAACCGCACGUCGGGAACAGUCUGACGAAGACAAUCGCAAGUUGCGCGAUGAGAUUUUCCGCCUGAAGCAAGAGAUGUCCAGCGCCCACGGCGGCCUACAUCAUACGACCAACAUUUACAAUAUUACGAAAAAGCAACGGCAGACAUCACCAAGCCGGCCUGUCUCGGGGCUGUCGGGUGACAUCGAAACGAACGGCGGAUUCAGUGCUGCUAGCACCCUGGUGGACGAGCUGCGUAGGGAGAGCGAGCAGUUGCGACACGAGAACGCCGAGCUGCGGCGCGAGGUGGGAGCGCAGACGUCCAUGCUUACAUCCCGAAACCGCGAGAAGGAGCGUCUGUACCAGGAGAUCGAGGACCUGAAGAUGGCUCAGAGACGCGGCGGUCCAGCGCCGUCGACAAUCGACUCGCUCCUGGAGCGGUCUGCUUCGCGAGCUGGCGCACACCACAGGUCGAUGUCCCGCGUCAGUGCCGGCAGAACUCAAAUGACGGAAAUCGACGAGCUCGAGCGCGAGGAGCUGGAGAGCAAGCUUGCCGAAACCCGCGACAAGAUCAACGAGCUCAAGCUCCAAAACCAGGAGCUCCAGCGUGAACUCGAGGGAUGCAUGAACGACUUUGAAACCGCAAUCGACGCCAAGCGGCAGGCAGAAGACAUAGCUGUGGCCCUCCAGGAAGAUCUUGACAACGCCAUGAACGACUUGGUGGCAUUACAGGCAGAGAGGGACGAGGCGCUGAGGGAGCAAGCCGACAUGGAGACGGAGUUCGAGUCGCUACGGAAAGAGGCUCAGGAGGAGAUCGACGCGCUCGAGGGCGAAGCCGAUCAGCAUUCGAACGAGAUCGAGAGGCUCAAGCUGGAGCUGAACGACAGGACAGAGAACUUUGACGCUCUGCAGGAGGAAAUGCGGAAGAUGAGCGAGGCACUCGUGCGGCUCGAGGACGACCAGGCGGCUAAGAUCCGCAGGAUCCAGCAGCUGGAGCAAGAACUCGCGGACGCUAAUAAGGAAUCGGAGGAACUGGAGGCCAAGCUGCUAGAGUCGAACGACAAGGCCCAACGGCUCAGUGUGCAACAAGAGUCCAGCCAGGGCGAGAUUGCCUUCUUGCGAGAAGAGCAAGAGGGCGACAAGAUUCGCAUCGGCGACCUUGAGGCAGCACUCGCCAACACCGAGCAGAGUCUGCGUGAUGAGCGUGAUCGGAUCAAGGAGCUCGAGCAGCGCCUUGCAACGGAGCGUCGGCAACGUGAGAUUGUGGCUAACAAGGAGAAGGAAGAGGUGCAGCAGUUUGUCAACGAUCUCAAUCGCGAGAUGUCAGCGGCCAAGGAUGAAGCGCGUAGGUUGCGUAAGAAUCUUACCUCCCGCGAAGUCGAAGCCACCGAGUGGAAGGAGCGGCUUAUGGAGCUGGAGAACAAUCUCAGGGAGGCACUGGGCGACCUUAACGGGACGCGCUCCAGUCUCCUCAAGUCGAUUGCGAAGCUUCAGCGAGAGCUGGAGAACACCGUCCGCGAACUGGACACGACCAAGGCAUCUUUAGUGGAGAAGGAUCGUAUCAUCAAGCAGCGCGAUGCUCUGCUGGAGUCGCACGGUUUAGAAUCGCGAAAGCUCGCGGUCGAGCUCGAGAAGGAGAUUCAGGCACACAGCACUACGAAGAACCAAUUCGAGACGUUCAGAAAGACACACCAGCACGUCACUAGGACCGUCAGCACGCAGGACCUCCGGAUCUCGGAACUCGAGUCAACGCGCACACAGGACAAGAAGAGAAUUGCCCAGCUGGAGUCGACGUUCAAGGAUCAGCUGACGGAACGCAACAACUUGCUGUUGGUUUUGUGGACGCGCCUCUCCGCGCUUUGCGGCACAGACUGGGCCCACGACAACAGUCUCAUCAACGGCCGGGCGCUGCCGUCACUAGAGGCGGUUGCCACGAUGCUUCCAGGCUUCAGUAAGAACCUCUUGUUCGCAGUGAAGACGAUCGAGGGCAUGAUUGGCGGGUUCUCCUCCCGCAUCAAGGGUGUGGAGAGAGAUCUCUGGCGCGAGUACCAGACCCUGGAGAUAAACCUCGAGACAAAGAACAAGAAGCUGGAAAGGCUCGAGACGAUCGUCCGCAACGGCAUGGCUUCCGGGACUCUUGGUGCUUACGAGCAGGCCAGAAUGGCGCGGCUUGAAGACGCAUACCGUCAGCUCAAGGUGGAAAAUGCGACACUCCGAACUGCGCAGGACGUUAGAAGCCGGGCCGCGUAUUCAGCCAACAACGACCCCAACGCCGCUGCCGCGGACCCUGUAAGCGGGAGCCCCUCUCCGUCCAUUCCCACCGGACCUCGCGACCGAGAACGGAAGCCGCGUAAGGGCGAGCGUACGUCGACGAUGACGCGCAGCGCAUCCAGCCACACGGUGACAACACCAGGCUCGACAAACCACAAUCCGUUCGAGACAGCUUUGGCGGAGCGAGAUGUCACCACUGACAACCGAUGGAUCUUCAAGCUGCGCGACUUGGAGAACAAGCUCAAGGCGGAACGCGAGGGACGGUCACAAGAUCGCAGCGCCGCGAGACAGAGACUCGGCGGGUUGGAAUCGGAGAACCGCGCGCUACAAAGCGAGGUGGCGCGGAUCCGCCGGGCCAACGGGGCCAUGGAGUGA